UCAAAAAUUCUAAAUCAAUCUCCUCUUUCUUCAACCCUAAAUCAAAUUUAAACAAUGGCAGCAGCGUGCACAUCAAAUCCCCCCUCUUCUCUAUGCAAUCGGAUCAAAUAUUACUGCAAUUCAUCCAAAAAUCUCAAUCAUUGCUGCAAAAUCAGCCCUGAUCAAGACGAAAUCUGGUGUCAAAUUAGACAAGAAGCAGAAUCCGCUAUGAAACACGAACCCUUGCUGUCAAAUCUCUACCAUUCCGCAAUCCUCUCUCACUCCACGCUCGAGAGCGCGCUCUCCAAUCACCUCGCUGUCAAGCUCUCCACCCCCUACCUCUCCACCGCCGCCCUCGCCGCCGCGUUCCACAGCCUGCUCGAAUCCGCCGCGAUCCGAAUCGCAGUCAGAUGCGAUCUCGCGGCGGUGCUCGAGCGCGACCCCGCCUGCCUCGGCUACGCGCACUGCUUCCUCAAUUUCAAGGGGUUUCUCGCGUGCCAGGCGCACAGGCUGGCGCACGAGCUCUGGAUCGACGGCAGGGCCGCGGCGGCGCUGCUGAUUCAGAGUAGGGUUUCGGAGGUGUUCGCGGUGGAUAUACACCCCGGGGCGGCGAUUGGGGGCGGAAUCGUGAUGGAUCACGCCACCGGAGUUGUGAUUGGGGAGACGGCGGUGGUCGGAGACUACGUCACGAUUUUGCACGGUGUGACGUUGGGGGGGACGGGGAAGGAGGGGGGAGAUCGGCAUCCGAAGAUCGGAGAUGGAGUUAUGAUUGGUGCUGGGGCGAAAAUUCUAGGGAAUAUUGUGAUCGGAAACAAUGCGAGGAUCGGCGCCGGAGCGGUGGUUUUGAAGGAAGUGCCGGAGGGUGCGACGGCGGUGGGAAAUCCGGCCAGAUUAGUUGGAUUCAGGGGAAUUCAGGGUUCUUAAUUAGGCCAUUGUUUGUAUAAAUUUUUUUGUUUAAACUAAGUAUACUAAAACUACAAAUUAAUUACUCAAUUAAUGUGUAAUUUCGUGUUAAACUGAUUUUGAAUGUCAGAAAUUAGUUUGCAUGACAACUUAUUCUAGAAAGCGAAACAAUGAGUACUGAAUUAUAUAUUUUCA